AUGGACGAGCGCGCUGCCAUUGCAUUCUGCGAUGCGCUGCAAGCCAACUCGUCGCUGCGAGAGCUUAUUGUCAGCAACGUCCCCAGCCUCGGUGGCUUCCACGGUCGCACGCUCCCAGUGUCGUUGAUUACGUUGGAUUGGAACAGCCGCGUCAACGAGGUAGUCGACGACGAAACGCUGACAGACCUCGCGACCGCUGUCGGCCGCACGCAGCUCAAGCACCUUGUCUGCAAUGUCUUUGGCCAGCUGGCGACAUACCCGGCGGCGGCGCCAAUGCUCGCACAAUUGAAGUGGCUCAUCGUCUCCGAGUUGCACGCCGACGACACGGCGGCAUUGAUCGACGGCUUGUCGUCGGUCCCGGCGCUGACGUCUCUGGGUAUUUUGAAGUGCAGCCUCUUGUUGUCGACAGAGUUGCUCCUCGAGACGCUCGCGACGACGUGCGUGCAUCUCACCAAGCUCAAAGUCCGUGAUGGGCAUCCGACUCGCGACGGGGCCACCGCGGUUUUCGCUGGCGUGCAGCGAUUGCCGCACUUGACGAUGCUGAGCAUGUCGAUGCGCCUCUCCGACGUUCUCUAUUUGCUUCCGGAGCUCGUUGCCGCGGGCAGCCAACUCGACUUACUCGACUUGGGAACGAUCGUCAUGGACGAAGAGACUGUUCCGGAGCAUCGCUCGGACACAGGCAAACGCGCGCUCUAUCGGGCGCUGGCACUUAUCCAGAACGUCCCAUUCGUCGUGCACGACCUGCCAGAAGAUAUCGAUGCGUUUGUGGUCGAAGCUCUUGGUCUUGGACCGCGCGCCGAUCGUGGUCAUCGCUGUCGGUUGAUUUUCUAA